AUGCGCGCGUUGCUGGCCGGCAUCUCCGGCGUCAACAAGGACAUCGUCGUCGCCAACCUGCUGGCCCGCCUCCGCGCUCACGGCGAGGUCAGCACGCCGGCCGGUUCCGAUACCGUCGCAGCCGACCCGUCGGAGUUGCUUACCGACAGCAUCGAGGACGCGCUGGCCGCGCAGGGCAACGAGUUGGCCGGCGUGCUGGCCGCGUUUCGUCCCACCUACCAGCUGGCCGCGUGGCGUCGGGCCGGCCAGGCAAUCGCCGAGCGGAUCGAGGCAGCCGACCCGCGCCACAGCCUGAUCGCGGCGCACCUGACCUACUACACCAGCGGCCGGCAGUUCUCCCUCAUCGACCUGCCCACCAUCCGCCGGUGGCGUCCCGACUGCAUCAUCACGCUGGUCGACGACAUGCUGGACAUCCACAGCGCCCUGGCCCGGCGCGACGCCGACCGGCACACCAACUUUCGCCUGCGGUUGCGGGAGAUCCUGGGCUGGCGCUCCGCCGAGAUCGCCAUGGCCGACCUGCUGGCCCGCAACCUCUACCCCGAACGCGCCGUGCCCCACUACGUGGUCAGCAUCAAGCACCCCGCGGAGAUGCUCUACCGACUCAUCUUCGCGCGCCGCCAGUACCCGCUGGCGUAUUCCAGCUUCCCCAUAACCGCGAUCCGCUACGAUCCCGACCUGCGGGCGGCGGUUGACGACAUCCGCGCCGAGCUGCACCGCCGUUUCAUCGUCUUCGACCCCCUCACGCUGGACGAGGGCACGCCCCAGGUGUUCGACAAGGCCCGCGCCGCCUGUGCCGACGGCACCACCGAGAUCGUCAUUGACGCCGAGGAAGCCCGCUGGCCCCUGGACACGUCCGGCGCCCUCACCGAGGGUCGCGCCGACCCGUACCCCAUGACGCUGGACCCCCGGGAGGCGCUGGAGGUGUGGGACGACAUGGAGAACCAGGUGCGGCACCGGGACCUGACCAUGGUGGAGCAGGCCCAGUGCGUCGCCGCCUACCGCAUCACCAUGGGCGGCCGGCUCUCCACCGGCAUGUACUCCGAGCUGAUGUACGCCUCGCACACCGCGGAGCCGGCGCGGCCGGUGCUGAUGUACGCCGACCCCUCCGACGGCGGGCUGGAGCAUCCCUUCCUGCGCAACUUCAACCAUCGGACGUUCCACGACCCCGAGGAAUGGUUCGACGCCAUCCGGCAGGUCACGCCCAGCGCGGAGCCGGACCCGCAACGACCGCUUUUCUGA